GCAUUGAAUUGAGUCGCAUGCUUUAUGGCCCGUGUCCAGCUUUCAAGUGAUACACCUUCAAAUCACAAAAUACAAUCACAUUCCCAACUAAUUGUGUUCGUUCUGCGCAAUAGUCAUAGCAUUAUAAAAAAAAACACUUAAAAGAUUUUAAGCCAAAUUCCUUGAUUCACUUCGUCAGACUGGCCUACGAGUAGACACCAAAAUGAGUCUUCUUUGCUAUAAAAAUUGUCGCGAUUCAGCCAUGCUACUCGGAAUGCCAACUGAUCAAAUGCUGAAGAAGAGGGUGUUUAAAGGGAAGAAGCAUCCGCAAGAUAAAUCUGAGGAUAAUGAUAAAGAUGAUCCGCCAUAUUCGCCUUGGGACGAAAAGAACAACAUGGAAGAAGAAAAUGAGGAGAAUGCUUUUGGUCAGCCUAGUAGGUCUACUAGUAGUAGUAGCAGCAAAGAAAGAAUACCAAUAUCGUCAUUGUCAACUGGUUACCAGUCGAACUCCCAGACCAAUGAAUCUCCCUACGAUUCCGAUGCAUUCUCGCAAAUCAAUCUGUACUCUAGGGAAGUGAUGGAUGUAAUGAACGCAAAAAACGAUGGUCAGCAAAAUGGUAAAUCUGCAGACGAAAAGAAGACCAUUGGUCUGCUAGACAAGAUUGGAAGAGAAAUAUCGAGCUUAUUAAAACGGAGUGAUAAGAAGUCUAAAGAUGAACCAGUGAAGCGCGCAAGACCUAAUACAAACGGAUACGACGGUGGGGAAUCAGAAUCAGACACUCAAAGUAAUGUGAGUGUCGCAGUCGAUACAGGGUUUUGGUCAAUACACUAUGGUGAGAAAGAACGUCUUGCAACAAUGCAUUCACCUCAGAGCUCUGAAAUGGAUGAAUUUAACCUCAGUAGCGUCAACAGCGAAUUCGGUAGACCUCAUAGCAUCGCCACCACUAGUGGAUAUGAGAGGUCGUCACGUGAUGGAAGUUUCGUCCGUCCAUGGAGGACUACUUCUUCUAUGGUCAGACCGAGUGAAAAUGACAUUGUAUUGAAUCGGUAUCAAAGAGGAAUAAGAUCACCAGUGGAAUAUUAUGGCACUGAAAUGGAUACUCAAUGUGGACUCAAGAGGAUGCAUUAUUCAACAACAAAUCUUCCAUUAAAUGGAAGCCAAAAUGGUACUCUAAAUAGGUACUGGAGUGAGCAGAAUAUAAUGAGAGAACCUAUGCUGAGAAGACGGGACUUCUCUGGUAAAGGAAAUGAGAGGAAAUAUGCAAGUGCAGAGAAUUUGACAGAUAAGUCAUAUUCAUCUGGGGACGCUAACAUGAAAGGACCAGGCUCAGUAACGAGGUAUAGACUUUCAUUUGUAGCAGAACCAGUUAAAAAGACAAUUUCAUCGGGUAAAAUAGAGCCCAUCACAAUCACACCUAGACGCGAUAGAAGCGAAGAGCGACUUAUGAGGACAAUCAAAAAACAAAAUUUCGGAAUGACUUCAACACAGAAUAAUGAUAGAUGGAGUACGUCUAGUAAUCAGAGUGAUCAGUCAAAAUUAACACUCAAUGUGGAUUUCGACUAUAGAGCUGAUUCUUCUAGAUUAUAUGUCAUUCUGAAGUCUGUACAUGGGUUACCACCAUUGGACAAGGGAACAGGCAAAACUAACGUGCGCGUACAUCUCGUCGUGAUGCCAGAAAGAGUCCAGAGGGCGUACUCACGACGUAAAAAUGAGGGCUGGACAAUCAGAUUUAUGGAGAAAUUUCGUUUCUCUAAUAUCAAUACUUUGAACUCUAUUGUGUUUAAGGUGGUAUUGAAUGACGGCUCGACAAAAGAGAGACUUAUUGGGACAACAACCAUCCAUAUGAAAGGGAUAAUCCUGUCAAAAAGGAAGCAAAGUUUUACAGUCGAAAUAAACGCAAAUAACAAUAAUUAGGACAUGCAUAGAUAGGUACGCUUUAGCUCGGUAUUGUGGUCAGACUUUCCAAACUUAAGGUCGUGAAGUUCACUCCAGUCCAACAACUAACAAACAUGCUAUUUUGUUAUUGUUUAGAUGAGCCUACAAUGUAUUUAUAGAUUACUGAAACUAUGCACGAUAUCCGGCCUACUGCAGUUCGAAUAUUUGGUGUUUAUAAUUAUUCCAAGGGAUACGGUAUAGAUUUUGAGAGUGCUUUACCCUAAUUUGGAGGUCAAUUUAGUAUUAAUUCAGCAGAGGACUUUAGAUAAGGAAUGUAAUUAUUGCUAUGAUUUUAAAGAUAAUGGUUGUAAAGGUUAUUAAUUUAAACAUUUUAAUUAAGUUGGAAAACGGAACAAAAAAUAAACUGAAAGUUCCUUCCUGGUUUAUAUUAAUAUAUGCCACACCAUUCCAGCCCAAUGGGUUUAGGCAUGUAUAUUUUUUAGAUUAUUUGAAUAAUUAAAAGUUAUGACCGGUUGGUUGGUUGGUUUUUGGAUCAUCAAAAACGAAAAUAUCACUGAAUAUGUUCCUACUGUCGUGUCAUUGACAGAAAAAAGUUACGCCAUCUCCUCAUCCAAUCAACAUUAACCAAGUACUUUUAGCUUCAGUAAUUUUCCACCGUGUUAUAGAUUAUAACUCAAACUAGCAUAUAGGCCUAUUAAUAUAAUUCGUCCAGAAUAGUGAUUUACUGA